AUGGCCUCUGAGUACAGUCUGGCAGAGUCCAUGAAGUUUCCUUUCUUGAAUGCGUCGUUUCCACGGGCCUUCAAUUCGUCCACGCUCAUGGUUAUUUAUUGGCGGUUAUACAAGAGUUAUUUUUUUUUGAAAUAUUUUUUAAUGUCGCAGGACCUGAAAGACGAGCUGGACGCUCUCGAGGCAAUCUACCCGGGCUGCUACGACUACAUCAGUCCGCUCGUGUACCGCUUCCGAAUACCCCAGUACGAGUACAUCAGCAUCAAGAUUCGGUUCACGAACGAGUACCCGGAGCAGAUCCCCAAGAUUCUAGACGUGAGGUGUGACCGGCGCGGGUUCGACGAGAAACACGUUGCCGAGCUGCUGCAGGAGGUGCUGGACUCGAUCUUUACGCCGGGGAUUGUGUGCAUAUUUGAUUUUUUCACCGAGUGCGAUGCUAUUCUAUAUAACGGAGACGACUCCGAGGAGCCAGCAGAGGCCGUGGUGGAGAUCUCGCGGUUCCAGUCUGAGGAGCCAGAGGAGGCCGAAACGGUCGACCAGCCAGACACGGAGGAGCUGGCCGACCAGCUGGACGAGUCGUUGUACGUCGACUACAAGUACGACGAGGCCAGAGAACGGGCCAACGCCAAGUCGAAAAAAGUGCAACCGGCCAGGCAACUGGACCCGCUCGCGAAUUGGUCGAUCUCGGAGGCCAUCAGCGACCGCAAGUCGACGUUCGUUGGGUUUGCGCGGAGCGUGGACUCUGUCGAGGACGCAUUCGAGUACCUGGACCUGCUCAAGCAGGAUCGAAAAGUUAUGAAAGCGUCGCAUAAUAUGACCGCCUGGCGCAUCAAGAACCCGCACACCGGCGCACAGUACCAGGACUGCGACGACGACGGCGAGACCGCGGCGGGCGGACGCCUGCUGCACCUGCUUUCGAUCAUGGACGUCUGGAACGUGAUGGUGGUGGUGUCCCGGUGGUUUGGGGGCACGCACAUCGGUCCGGACCGAUUCAAGCACAUCAACGCCUGCGCAAGAGACGCGAUCGUCAAGGGCGGGUUCGAGAUAGCAGAGGGCAAGAAGAAGAAGAAGAAAUGA